AUGGACGCGGCCGAGGUUCGACAGCGAAAGCCGACCGUCAAGGAAGCCAGCGAUCUCCACAAGCUUUCGAGUAAACCCCCCACGGAGCCCCGUCUCAAACAUGGAAUUCCCAUGCAGGUUCUUCGCUCUCUCCUGCUGGGGACCUGGUUCAAUUGCUGCUGUGUGGUCCUCUUCGUGACGCAGCUGGUUGGCUCUCCGUUGUACUUGAUACACAAGGAUUGGUACUAUUCGUAUAUGGCACACACGAAGCAAUGUUUUGGUCUGGUGAUCACCGCGGUCACCCACUGGGGUUGCCCAACGCUUUUCCGGGUCAGUGGCGAUGCCAGUGUACGUGGUCAGCUUCAUCUAUCAGAGGAUGGAAUGCUGCGAACGCAGUUUCCGGAGCGUCUGGUCCUGGUUGCGAACCACCAGGUCUACACAGAUUGGAUCUAUCUGUGGUGGAUUGCAUACACCAACGAGAUGCACGGACGCAUCUUCAUCAUCUUGAAGGAAUCACUCAAGUAUAUCCCUGUUGUGGGUCAAGGGAUGAUGUUUUAUGGCUUCAUUUUCAUGGCCCGCAAGUGGAUUUCGGAUAAGCCAAGGCUGCAGCAUCGCUUGGAGAAGCUCAAGACGUGUCAUACCGGUUCCAAGUCGGGCAAGCCGCAGUAUGAUCCUAUGUGGCUUCUCAUCUUCCCCGAGGGGACGAACCUGUCCAUUAACACCAAGCGACGGAGUGAUGAAUAUGGACAAAAGCAGGGACUGCCUUCGUUUAACCACCAAAUCCUUCCACGGUCCACCGGUCUGUUUUUCUGUCUGCAGCAGUUGCGGGGCACCGUCGACUGGGUGUAUGAUAGCACCAUUGCCUACGAAGGUCCACCAAAAGGCAGCUAUCCCGACAAAUACUUCACACUUCGUUCCACAUACGGUCAGGGACGACCACCGACUUCCGUCAACAUGUAUUGGAGACGCUUCGCUGUUUCAGAAAUCCCCCUCGAUGACCAAAAAGAGUUUGAUGCUUGGUUGAGGGCCCGAUGGGCUGAGAAGGAUCUGCUCUUAGGUCAAUAUUUCGAGACAGGUCGAUUCCCGUCCGACCUGGCCGGUUCGAUUGAAGCAAACAGCACCACAAAUGAACAGCAGGUGGCUGUUUCUGCUGGAUACAUUGAGUCCUACGUUCAACUGCAUCACUGGAUUGAACUCGGUCAGAUCUUUGUGGUGCUGGCUGGUCUCGGAUUCUUGUGCAGAAUGCUGGGAAACUGA